CUCUGUGCUCACCAAAGCGCACCGAGUUCGGCUCACUCUGGCCAAUCGUGUCGCGCUGUGCUUCAGCACCAUUGCAGUGUGGAGAGAUCUUACGGAGGUGUCGCUUGCUGAAAGAGAGGGGCCAUUUAGAAGAAAGACACUCGACCUGGGUGACCGCCCUGAGCAAACACCGCCCCUACUUCCCGAUACAGUCACCGCGUGACAUUGCCGCGAGCAGCUUCAGUCCGGGUGACCCUCAGUGAUUGACCGAUGUGUGACGCUGUGGAGAACCAUUUGCCUCUCCUCGUGGAGAUCUGAGUUCUGGGACACUGAGGCAGCCAAGGGGGGGGGGGUCUCUGAGGAAGAUGCUGGGUUCAGAGCGCAGUGUUGUCGAAGAAUGGCUCUCAGAAUUCAAGUCCUUACCAGAAACCCGCAGCCCCAGCUACGCCGACAACCUUCAUCUCAAGAAGUCCUUAGUGCCAGCUCUCUACAGAGUCAUCCAGGACCCCAACAAUGAGCUGCUGGAGCCUGUCUGCCACCAACUGUUUGAGAUGUACCGGAGCUCUGAAGACCGCCUGCGCCGCUUCACCCUCCAGUUCCUGCCUGAGCUGGUGUGGGUAUAUCUGCGCGUCACAGCCAGCCGGGAUCGCCAGAGCAACGGGUGCAUUGAGGCCCUCCUCCUGGGCAUCUAUAACCUGGAGAUCGUGGACAAAGAUGGCAACAGCAAGCUCCUCUCCUUCACCAUCCCCUCUCUGUCCAAACCAUCGAUAUAUCACGAGCCUUCUAGCCUGGGGUCCAUGGCAUUGACGGAGGGGGCCCUCUGUCAACAUGACCUGAUCAAAGUGGUGUACAGCGGCCUCCACCCACAGAGGGAGACCUUCACAGCUCAGAACAGGUUUGAGGUGCUGUGCUUCCUCAUGCUCUGCUACAACUCUGCGGUGGUGUACAUGCCCCUAUCUUCCUAUCAGUCUGUCUGCAGAAUGAGCUCACGGCUGUGUGUAUGUGGCUUCCCCCGACAGCAGCAGAAGCUUUGGAGGGCACCGUGCAACCGCGUGCUGCUGGACCCCGAGUUCAUGGUGCAGAUGCUGACCGCCAUUUAUCACGCCAUAUACAAUGGAGAGUGGGCGAUGGGGCGGGAAGCUUUGGAGGACAUUCUGUACCGAGCCCAGCUGGAGCUUUACUCCCAGCCUCUCUUGCUGGCGAAUGCCAUGAAGAACUCUCUGCCAGCCAGCGCUCCCGAUGAGCCGCGUGGGCGCAAAGUGCUCCAAGUGGAGGUGACCCCCACCAGCAGCCGCAUCUCUAUCUCAGCCAUCACGACUGCUUCCAUACGACGCCACCGCUGGAAGAGAGACGAUGCUGACGGGAUGAGCGGGGAAGAUUCUUUCAACAUCAACGACCCGGACGAGGGUUUCUCCUCCGGGGCGUCCAACAGCAGCCAGCCCUGCGCCACCAAGGCGGGGGGCAGCGUGGGGCCGAGGGGCGGCAGCCUGAACAGCAGCAGCAGCAUCAAGAAAGCCAUCACGGCCCGGCUGUCUCGGGAGAAGGACCGGGAGAAGGACCGGGAGAAGGACCGGGAGAGGGAACGAGAGAAGGACCGGGAACGGGAGAGGGAACGGGAGAGGGAACGAGAGAGGGAACGAGAGAGGGAACGAGAGAUUGAACAGGAGAGGGAACGAGAGAUUGAACAGGAGAGGGAACAGGAGAGGGAACGAGAGAAGGAACAGGAGAGGGAGGCAGAUUUGGCAGCGGAUCACCAGGCUGCUGUGAGGAGGCACCAGAAGCUGCAGUCGCCUCCAGCCAGCAUCAAUCUGGAUGACAUCCACCUGAGCCCCAUAAAGAAGCGCCUGAGCUUCCCCGUGGGGCCCUCGUUGGUGCGGACUGGCAGCACCUUCUCCAGCAAGUCCUUUGACUGCAUGAAUUUCAACCUGACGGGAGGUCAUGAUGAGCGAGAGUCGGCGGGGGGCUCUGAGAAAGAAGGGAGGCGUCCAGCAGGCAGCUCCCACCGCCACUCCAGCAUUAGCCUGCAGGAGGAGCCCCUCAUCAGGCCAGAGGACCCCCAGGACCGCCUGUCUCCAGGAGCUCCUCUCACCAAGCAGUCCCGCUCCCCCAGUUUCAACAUGCAGAUCAUAUCACAGGUCUAACACAAUGCAGACACACUCACACACACACACACACGUACAGGAAAAUACCGGUUCAUAACACUCACACUGCAACUUUUAACAAUCCUACUAUGACAACUUCUGUCUACCUAUCUGUAUUGGUGUGUGUGUGUGCGUGCAUGUGUGUUUGUUUGUGCUCAGGCGUUGUGUCUCCACUCUUUUAACGUCUAUUGCAAUCUUGACCGGCAGUGGUUGCUGGUGUAGUAACUGACGACUGCCCGCUGCUGUAACUCCAGUCCAGCGUGUCACUGCAUCCUCCCUUCUGACCGAGCGGAGCAUUCCACGUAGACACUUGCCUCAGGAGGACACGUUGAGAGAAGACUCGUAAGGAGGCCACGCGAGCUGCAGAUCUAUAUAUGACAUUUCAGAAUUGAUAGUUCCUGAAAUGAAUCGGCAAUAAAAACUUACUGUCGCUCAUGUUUGAGAAGAGUGAGGAUUAUUGCUCUUUCUCUUCAUUCCUCCCCCGUUCAUUCCCGGGCUCACGUGCAAUCAAUCUAGCGGAUUAUCUUCCUUGUUAAUUGUUGUUUUUAAUGAGGCAUAAAUGGUUUUAAUGAAUAAAAAUCCAUUUAAAUGUUUUAAAAUCACAAUCCAAAGAAAGUAACAUUUGUUUUUCUUCUCUUGUCUGAGGGAUGAGUCGCACCACCAAAGUGAUUCUCUAGUUCUCAGCCCAUGACCUUUUUUUAUUGAAUCUGUAAUGAUCAUAUACUCAUUUGAUCUGUAAAUUCCAACUUUUAAAAUUGUUGUAAACUGAAAAACCUGAGCUUUUAGCUGGACAAAUCUGAAGGAAAUCACGACUGUGCAGCUACAAGAGGGAUGAGUUCAUCUUGUGAUGUCAUACCCGAUGGUGAAUCUUUGGGGAGAACUGGAUUAAAACAGUUUAGCAGAUUUGGGUCUGAAGCUAAAAGGCAGUGACUAUUUUAUAUUGCAUUGUUAUGAUGGUUUAAACCAUUUCAUGGGCCCUUCCAUCUGAAAGCACUUGUAGGUGUGUGUUCCAGGCAUUAGCUUGUGUGUGGGGUCAACACUGAGCCUGGGACGGCCUGCCUUUCGCAGGCGAGUACAGUCGAUGCUCAUCAGCAGUCGCCGUGGCGAUCGUCUCACGUGUUGUGCUCUGAUUGGCCGCUCAUGAAACAUUUUGUUCGACCUCAUUGUGUGUUCACCCUGCCACUCAGACGCAGGAUUUAAAGACCCCGUUAGCUUUGAAACUGGAGCACUCCAACAGUUUGGGGGAUUAAACCAUGGGGACCAAACUGGUUUCACACUAGGUGUGUAUGUGUGUGUGUGUGUGUGUGUGUGUGUGUGUGUGUGUGUGUGUGUGUGUGUGUGUGUCGCAUUUCAGUUCAAUCGCACCACUUCACUACAAAUAGCUGCAAAACAAGAACAGGACUGUCUCCACACUGACACCCACAUCGGAAUAACCCUGAUUAUUUGAAUUCCCUAGUACAGGCCGGCUCAUAAUGUCAUUUUUGAAGUGCAAUUGUAAUUUCUUUUUGUUUGCUCCUGUGCAUGGGAGUUUGAAUCUCUGCUGUUAAAUGCCUGCAUCUGCACAGUGCUAGCCGGCCUUCUGUGGCCCCCUGCCCCGUCCGGGGGACCCGGACACGGCGCCGUCUGCAUGUUUCGUGCCCGCGCGCGUGAAGCGGCCAGCGAGCCGAACCCGAGUCUCGUCCUCGUCUUUGCCAGAUGUGCCAAUACACAUCCUGUCCUUACGGACAUCUUGUUUUGCUUGUGUGUCUUAAGCUUAAAAAUGCCUUUUUCUUUCUGUUCACUGGUCUUAUUUUAAAGUUACAGGACACAAAAAGGGAUGUUUGGACGUAUGGCUCAACGUGCCGUUCGAUGCAGCUUCAACUUUUUUUUUUUGCCAUGAAUUUGCUCGUCACAGGCGUGUGUGUGUGUGUGUGUGACACACUCACUGUUUGCUGUUCACAUGUAGAAGCGGUAUAUUAUGCGUCCGUGUUCUGUAAUGUCCGCUGUUGUGCUCACAUGCUGGUGUGAAAAGGAGAGCGAGUGAACUCUGUAUAUACAAGUGAGUUCAGUCUGCAGUGAACGUCUCACUGUCGAGCUGCUCCUGGGCCCAAGGGAGUCCUGUUUGCGCUUUAGCCUUAAACAUUUCAGGCCCAAAAGCCUCUUUGGACUCGCCUCCUCCUCUUCCUCCCUCUGGACUGUGGAGGAAGAAGAGAGGAGUGCAGCUCCAGUUCCCCCUCUCCCGGCCCUGUGCUGUGUGGCUCACGACGAGCCGAGGUCCCAGUUGCUGUAUUUUUGCCCGUGAGUUGAGUGGCACCUUAUUUUUGUUGUUGUUGUUGCUGUUUUUAAAACGGGUGACGUGUUUGUGUCAUUAAUGAGUGCCCCGGGCCAAGGUGACCAGCAGCCAUGUUGGUACUGUAUGUGGACUUGGAGUACCGGAUAGACCAUUAUUCCUCAGUGUCUCGUGUUAUCUGCAUGUGAUCAGGGCGGGAAAUGAACAGCAGCCUGUGAAUGUUGAUACAAGUUGACUGGCUAUAAACAUGAUCUGCUAUUCAUUUAGUAGACUAAUAAACUAAAGACAACUUCUCAUCAGGUCCACUUGCAUUUCAAAAAACAUCCCAAUGUGAAAGUGAAAGGUUGCUGUUGGUCAGCCAGUCGCUGGCGGAUGAAGUUCAUUUCUUGUCCUGCAUGUGAUAACUGUGGGCUUUGUUUUAUGCACUUUAAUCCAUCUCUCCUCAAGAUAUUGAAAUAAUAUAUAUACGUAUAUAUGUAUAUCUAUUAUAUAUGUGCAAACGUGUAUACACUCAAUCCAGGGUUUCAGUCUCUUUAAAGUAGUAAUUAUAUGUGAUGUCACAUCCAACACAACGCUAUUUUUGUUAGUCUCAAAGGGUACAGCUAUAUAUUUUUUCUUUUCAAAACCAAAAAAAAAAAUGUUACGGGGGUCUGGAAGGUCUCAGGAGUUUAUCAAAAGGCCACAUUUAAAUAAAAUGGCAGCACCAACAUUUCUGUUAGUCAGAAUUGAUUCUAUGCAACAUGUUUUCCCCUCUUUUUUUCAUUUUUGGUGUUACCAGCUGUUAUUGAUCCGUGGGCACAUGCAUUGAAGCUGAUUUUGAAGGUGCACGUGCUCAGCCGCGCCCCAGUCAGCGGUUCUGUUUCUGCACCCUGUGGAAGGAGCGCUCAUGUGGGUGGAAUCAAAGGACCAUCCAUUUGUCAUCCAGUGACUGCCCUCCAGAGAGAGGGCCACACCGGGGCCUCUGGUGCAUGUCGGGCCCUUCUGUCCGUUUGCUGCUCCGUGGCUCUAAGACGUUAGUUGGUGUAGGAAACAUAAACCGAUGAUCUACCCCUGAUGAAGCUAUUCCGGUUCUUCGAGGGAAGCUGCUGGGCCAUGUGAUAACACUGUACUAUUGAUGUUGUAUAAAUGGAGAGACUUAUUUUAAAUCUUGUAUAUAUAAAAUGUACAAAGGUCAAAGCAAGAUGAAUAUAAAAACUGCAGAUCAGUCUGAGAUGUAGAGAGAAAUUAAUCUGUAUAUUGUUGAAUAAAUAUUGUGCCGUAAGGGA